AAUACGGAUGCAUCUCGGCUGCUUCGGGACUUCGUGAAACCGAUUUGAAAGCCUUCGUGGAGCGGUCUGGGGGAAACGGAUCGGCGCUGUUGGAGGGGUCAUGUCGCGGAGGUUUGAAUCGGCUGUCCUCCCUUCCCCUCGGAGAGGAUACUGGAUGCUGGCCAGCAGCAGCAGCACCGGCUGGGGAUGCUCCUGCUGAACUUGACUCCCCUGUCAGCUGUAAUUAACCGCCAUGGCCCAGGAGUCUCUCUCUUCCGCAGUUGCUCCAUCAUCCUCCGUGUGAGAAUGGCCCGCACUCCGCCUCCAUCGUCGACUUUCAUUCGCUCUAGCUGUCGCCUUUUCGCCCAUGAUGACAGGAGGGCACCCGCCUCGGAUUUCAGCGCAUGCUGGGCCUUCAUGUUGGUUAUGGAUCCCAUCAUCCCCCCUGAUCUGAUGCUGUGAGCUGCUGUGGUUGUUGUUAUUACGCAAACGCGCCUGCUGCCACCAUCGAUUUCCCUCAACAUCUGAUUACAUUUUGGGGCCCGGAGAUGGACCGCGUCCACUGCUGCACCUCGCUUUGCCCUGCCGGGAUCUGAGUUCCUGACCGUACUUGCCAUAAUGGCCCUGUGACAUCUAUCUCAGCCCCAGCUGCCUACUUUAGACUUUUACGCGCGGAGCUGCGUCCAUGCAGUUUUGUUGCCCUGUGAGGGUAUGAGCAGCGGCCGUCCCUCCAGCAGAGGUCUGCCCGCUGCAGCUCCUGCCGUCCACGGUGUGGCCCUGUGACUCAACAGGGUGAGGAGGUGCUGACAACCUUAAAACGCGGAAUAAGGUUUGCCUUUCCAGCUCAGGUUAAAACCAUGGCUAAUGAACCCGUCAUCCUUAACGUGUAUGAUAUGUACUGGAUAAAUGAAUACACAUCCACUCUGGGCAUUGGUGUCUUCCACUCAGGCAUUGAGAUUUAUGGGAGAGAAUUUGCAUACGGAGGCCAUCCGUACCCUUUCAGUGGCAUCUUUGAAAUCAACCCCGGCAAUGCCGCCGAACUGGGAGAGACAUUCAAAUUCAAAGAGGCCAUUGUUUUGGGCACCACCGACUUCACAGAGGAGGACAUAGAUAAAAUCAUGGAGGAGCUCGGUAAAGAGUUCAAAGGGAACGCCUACCAUCUAAUGCACAAAAACUGCAACCACUUCUCCUCCUCGCUGUCUGAGUUGCUGUGUGGACGGGAAAUCCCGCGCUGGGUCAACAGACUGGCAUACUUCAGCUCCUGCAUCCCUUUCCUGCAGAGCUGCCUACCCAAGGAGUGGUUAACCCCGGCCGCCCUGCAGAGCCACAUCAGCCUCGGCCUCCACAAAGAGGAGCAGAACGAGUCGAGCGAUGAGGACCCUUCGUCGCCAUCCGGCGCGGCAGCCGCCGGCUCAGGCUCCUCCCACAGCUGUCGCCACACCAGGGUGUGACGUGACUUCUUGACCUUCCUGCCACUGCUUAGAAUGGCAUUAGUAGGCUUGAACAACCACCUGACCUCAUACUGUUUGUCCUCUGCGUAAAGAGGCAGGAGAAGACGAGUCUCCUCUUCAUGAAGAGACUGCCAGAGACUUCAGACCUACAGAGACCCCGCUUGCCCUUUCAACAGAUGACAGCAUGACGAGGGCACACUUUUCCCUGAGCCCUGAAGUGUGUCUCAGACUUUGACACUGACCACUUGUAGAUCAGAAGUUUGUAGUAUGUUAAUAUUAGUCUUUUCCACAAACUUUGAAAUCUUUGUCAGCCUUGUUCCCUGCCCUGCCUUCAGAGCUGCUUUUGUAGAACAACCACAUAGACACUUGAUAGUGACAUCAACAGGAAACUGCGAAUCUGCUCAACUUCAAGAAGUUCUCGUUCAAUAACCUCUAUGUGGCCUUCGGUUGAUAUUGUUGAUUAGGCUUUCUUUGUGCAGAACUUUUCUUUGGCCAUUUUAGAGGGUUAACUGGUUAAAAAAAAAAAAAAGAUUUGAUUGUUCUUUGAGUUCAGUCUGACUGAGUGAAACUACUGCAUGUGGAAAGAAAUUGACAAAACAUACAAGUGAACUAAGAUACUUCUGACAGUAAGUCUUUCUUCUAUUUUGUAAAAGAGAUUACCUUCAUUUGAGCUUGUUUUAAACAGCGAACUGACAGUUAACUGCCAGUUCAGAGACAGUUGGAAACAAUCAAGGGCAAACAGUGCACACAGCUUUGGGCAGCCCAGUCACGACCUGUGAACAUCUCAGAGACACAAACACAAAGAAAGUCUAGCUGCUACUCUGACAAAUAUUGACUUUGUGACCCAGUACACUUUUUGUCUAUACUUUUAUAUCCAAGUGAUCUUUAUAUUAUAAAGGUGCGUUAACUUACUGGAUGGGAAAUGUACAUUUACACCCACAGAUUUCCCUUAAGAGACAUCUUUUUCACCUUUGAGACUGAGUUGCCAUGAGAAAGAACAGCAGACAUUCAGUGUUUUCCUCUAAAUUACACAAGUUAUUAAAGACAUAGUUCUUUUGUAAUAUGCCUUUUGGCUCUCUUGCCUAGAUUUAAAAGAAACCAUGAACUCCUGUGCCUGUCCAGUUGAUAUAAAGUUACAGCCAGCAAGUAAAGUUUGCUAGAGCUCACAAUUUAAUGCAUUAUAUCCUUUUUGUUUAAUCUGUACAGACUAAAGCAUAAGACUGGAAAAUCUUCAUUUUUAUGGGACUUUACCUGUUGAUCUAUUUCUUGACUGGGACAAGUCGUAGGGAAAAACCUGGUUCCAGCCCCCAAAAAAUAAAAUAAAGUCAUAAAAAAGAGGUUUGUUGUUGCACAGUGUUUGUGAGCAUUAAACAAGCCAUAUACAAUGUGUUAGAGGUGUUUGCAGGAAGAUUAUGUGACCUUUUGACAGAGCCAUGGUAGGCCUUGUAACUAGCUUCCUGUCAUCAAGCUGAGGUAUACAGUUUCUUAAAUAUCAGUCCUACAGACAUUAGACUGGUAAUACUAUCUCACCAAUAAUACAAAAGAGCAUAUUUCCCAAUGUAAGACUGUUCAACUAAGACCAUAUUUUUUUGACUGACUUCCCCAAACAGGUGUUUAUAGAAAGCAUUUUAACCUUUUAAAUAUUCACUCGUGUAGAGAGAAGCUCACAUUCUCCGAGGGGAAAAUUUUGAUGUCAUAAAAUGAUUUCCAAUCAUUGCGGGUUUAGCAUAGAUGCCAGUAAAGCACCACAUUAUUGACUAUUCUAGCCUGAAUAAGAAACUGUUAUAAUGAUGAAGAUCUGCUCCUUGCUUGAAGAAGACGAGGCCACGUGUUUGUAUCUUUUCCCACCCCUCCUGCUAUGGUGCAUCGAAGGACAGCUUUCUUUUCUCAGGAAGGACAUCACAUAACUUGUAGUAGUGGCAGUCAUAAAUGGGCUCAUAAGUGCAAAUUAAUUGUUUGAUUUCUUUUUCCCCUUCUUGUUCAUAAACAAGCUACUGUAUCUCCCUGUUUGUUGGCAUAUUCUUUUUUUUUCCCCCAAAGUGUAUUGUGAUCAAAAUUUUAGUUCAUUUUGAGUUGACAGGGAGAGGAAGUGUACAGUGAUCAGUGCUACAUGCUCACCAAGUCUUCAGCACUUUCUACAGAGCAAACCAGACAGGUAUUUUUUUUCUAUUGUUCUGUGUCAACCUAAACCUUGUAUUUGUUUUUCCUA